AUGAGCACUGAACUCCGCACCAAGCAGCCCAAGAACAUCAUCGGCCACGACAACAGCUCAGUGGUCAACUGGAUCCACGUGGCCAUCAUCGCGCCCGGCCUGGCGGCACUGGCCUACCGGCCUCAGUACGUCAAGUACAUGCCAUGGGUGGGCGGGGCAGUUGCUGUCAUACACGGCUACCUCGCCAUGGUCAAGGGCAAGCCGGAGAAGAUGAAGAACAUCCCCUAA